CUGCCCCGGCCCCCCCGUCCAGCCCGCGGGGGUGGAGCUGCCGCCAGUCUGCCCCGCCGCUCGCCGCGAGCGCCCGCGCCGCGCUGAGCCGGGCCGAACCGGGCCGAGUCCAACCCCACUGGGCCGUGCCGAGCCGAACCGGGCCGAGUCCAACCCAACCGGGCCGAACCGGGCCGAGUCCAACCCAACCGGGCCGAACCGGGCCGAGUCCAACCCAAGCGGGCCGAGUCCAGCCCAAGCGGGCCGAGUCCAGCCGCGCCGCCAUGGUGGCCGGGAUGCUGAUGCCGCUGGAGCGGCUGCGCGCCAUCCUGGAGCUGCUCUUCCGCGAGGGCGUGCUGGUGGCCGAGAAGGACCGGCGGCCGCGGCGCGCCCACCCGCAGCUGCCCGGCGUGCCCAACGUGCAGGUGCUGCGCGCCAUGGCCUCGCUGCGCUCCCGCGGGCUGGUGCGCGAGACCUUCGCCUGGCGCCACUUCUACUGGUACCUCACCGACGAGGGCAUCGCCUACCUGCGCCGCUACCUGCGCCUGCCGCCCGAGAUCGUGCCGCUGUCCCUGCAGCGCGCCCGCCGCCCCGCCGCCCCCGCGCCCGCCCGCCGCCCCGCCGCCGCCGCCGCCGCCGAGCCGCCCCGCGCCUCCCGCCUCGCCUACCGCGGCAAGGAGGAGGCCGCCGAGCAGCACGUGCAGCCCGCCACCGCCACCGUCACCACCGCCGCCGCCGCCGCGGGGGGAGUGUCCCGGCCGGCCCCGGAGCCCGGCCCGGCCCCAGAUGAGCGAGACCGGGUCCAGAAGAAAACCUUCACGAAAUGGGUCAACAAGCACCUCAUCAAGGCUCAGCGUCACAUCAACGACCUCUACGAGGACCUGCGGGAUGGCCACAACCUCAUCUCGCUGCUGGAGGUGCUCUCGGGGGACACGCUGCCGAGGGAGCGCGACGUGAUCAGGAACUUGCGGUUGCCCCGGGAGAAGGGGAGGAUGCGCUUCCACAAGCUGCAGAACGUGCAGAUCGCCCUCAACUACCUGAAGCAUCGCCAGGUGAAGCUGGUCAACAUCCGCAACGAUGACAUUGCCGACGGCAACCCCAAGCUGACGCUGGGCCUCAUCUGGACCAUCAUCCUGCACUUCCAGAUCUCGGACAUCCAGGUGACGGGGCAGUCGGAGGACAUGACGGCCAAGGAGAAGCUGCUGCUGUGGUCGCAGCGCAUGGUGGAGGACUACCAGGGCUUGCGCUGCGACAACUUCACCACCAGCUGGCGGGACGGCCGCCUCUUCAACGCCAUCAUCCACCGGCACAAGCCCAUGCUCAUCGACAUGAACAAGGUGUACCGGCAGAGCAACCUGGAGAACCUGGACCAGGCCUUCACCGUGGCCGAGCGGGACCUGGGCGUGACGCGCCUCCUCGACCCCGAAGAUGUGGACGUGCCCCAGCCGGACGAGAAGUCCAUCAUCACCUACGUGUCGUCGCUGUACGACGCCAUGCCCCGCGUGCCCGACGUGCCGGACGGCGUCAAGGCCAACGAGCUGCAGCUGCGCUGGCAGGAGUACUACGAGCUGGUGACGGUGCUGCUGCAGUGGAUUCGCCACCACACCGUCCUCUUCGAGGAGCGCAAGUUCCCCGCCAGCUACGAGGAGAUCGAGAUCCUCUGGCGCCAGUUCCUCAAGUUCAAGGAGACGGAGCUGCCGGCCAAGGAAGCCGACAAGAACCGCUCCAAGGCCAUCUUCCAGGCGCUGGAGGGCGCGGUGCAGUCGGGGCAGCUGAAGGUGCCCCCCAGCUACCACCCGCUGGACGUGGAGAAGGAGUGGGGCAAGCUGCACGUGGCCAUCCUGGAGCGGGAGAAGCUGCUGCGCGCAGAGUUCGAGAGGCUGGAGCGGCUGCAGCGCAUCGUCAGCAAGCUGCAGAUGGAGUCGGGGCUCUGCGAGGAGCAGCUCAACCAGGCGGACGCCCUGCUGCAGUCGGACAUCCGGCUGCUGAACGCCGGGAAGGCGCCGCAGAAGGCGGCCGAGAUCGAGCGGGACCUGGACAAGGCGGACGCCAUGAUCCGGCUGCUCUUCAACGACGUGCAGACCCUCAAGGACGGGCGGCACCCGCAAGGGGAGCAGAUGUACCGCAGGGUCUACCGCCUGCACGAGCGCCUGGUGGCCAUCCGCACCGAGUACAACCUGCGCCUCAAGUCCGGGGCGCCGCAGAUGGCCCAGGCGGCGGUGGCCCUGGGCCAGAGGCCCCGGCAGGACCUGGACGACGUCACGCUGCGGUACCUGCAGGACCUGCUGGCCUGGGUGGAGGAGAACCAGCGCCGGCUCAACGCGGCCGAGUGGGGCGUGGACCUGCCCACCGUGGAGUCCCACCUGGGCAGCCACCGCGGCCUCCACCAGUCCAUCGAGGAGUUUCGCGCCAAGAUCGAGCGGGCGCGUGCCGACGAGGCGCAGCUCUCGCCGGGACCCCGCAACGCCUACCGCGAGUGCCUGGGCAAGCUGGACCUGCAGUACGCCAAGCUGCUGAACUCUUCCAAGGGUCGUCUGCGGCACCUGGAGAGCCUGCACGGCUUCGUGAGCGCUGCCACCAAGGAGCUGAUGUGGCUCAACGAGAAGGAGGAGGAGGAAGUGAACUUCGACUGGAGCGACCGCAACCCCAACAUGGGGGCCAAGAAGGAGAACUACUCGGGGCUGAUGCGGGAGCUGGAGCUGCGGGAGCGGAAAAUCAAAGAGAUCCAGAACACCGGGGACCGGCUGCUGCGGGAGGAGCACCCGGGCAGGCAGACGGUGGAGGCCUUCCAAGCGGCGCUGCAGACGCAGUGGAGCUGGAUGCUCCAGCUGUGCUGCUGCAUCGAGGCCCAUCUGAAGGAGAACACCGCCUACUUCCAGUUCUUCGCCGACGUGAAGGAGGCUGAGGAGUUCCUGAGGAAGAUGCAGGAGAGCAUGAAGAAGAAGUACUCCUGUGACCGCAGCAUCACGGUCACGCGCCUGGAGGACCUGCUGCAGGACUCCCUCGAGGAGAAGGAGCAGCUGGCCGAGUACCAGGGGCAGCUGGCCGGGCUGGCCAGGCGGGCCCGCGCCGUGGUGCAGCUGAAGCCGCGCAGCCCCGCCACCCCGCUGCAGGGCCGGCCGCCCAUCCACGCCGUCUGCGACUACAAGCAAAUGGAGAUCACGGUGCACAAGAACGACGAGUGCGCCCUGCUCAGCAACGCCCAGCCCUACAAGUGGAAGGUGCUCAGCGCGGCCGGCAGCGAGUCCAUCGUGCCCUCCGUGUGCUUCCUCGUGCCCCCCCCCAACCGGGAGGCGCUGGACGCCGUGCACAGGCUGGAGGCCGCCCAUCAGCACCUGCUCGCGCUCUGGCACCAGCUGCACGUGGACAUGAAGAGCCUGCUGUCCUGGCAGUACCUCAUCCGCGACAUCCAGCAGAUCCAGUCCUGGUCGCACGUCACGUUCCGCACCAUGCAGGUGGAGGAGUGCCGGCAGGUCCUGCGCAGCCUGGAGACGCACUACCAGGACUUCAUGCGCGACAGCCAGGACUCGCAGAGCUUCCAGCCCGACGACCGGCUGCACGUGGAGCGCGAGUACAACGCCUGCGCCCAGAAGUACGAGCUGCUGCUGCGCAGCCAGGAGAAAGGAGAGCAGGACGAAUCCCUGUGCAAGAGCUACAUCUCCCAGCUGAAGGACAUCCGGCUGCAGCUGGAGAGCUGCGAGACCCGCACCAUCCACAAGAUCCGCCUGCCCCUCGACAAGGACCCGGUCAAGGAGUGCGCCCAGCGCAUCUCCGAGCAGCAGCAAAUCCACCUGGAGCUGGAAGGCAUCAAGAAGAACUUGGACAAGGUCAGCGAGAAGACGGAGAAGGUGCUGGCCCAGCCGGAGCAGGCCAGCUCAGCCCCUGUCUUGCGCUCAGAGCUGGAGAUCACCCUGCAGAAGAUGGACCAGGUGUACAGCCUCUCCAGCAUCUACCUGGAGAAGCUGAAGACCAUCAACCUGGUGAUCCGCAGCACGCAGGGGGCAGAGGAGCUGGUCAAGAAGUACGAGGACCAGCUGAAGAACGUGCAGACUGUGCCCUCCGACCUCAAGGAGCUGGAGGCCAGCAAGGCCGAGCUGAAGCGGCUGCGCGCGCAGGUGGAGGGGCAUCAGCCUCUCUUCAGCACCCUGGAAGCCGACCUGAGCAAGGCCAAGGACGUCAACGAGCGGAUGGUGAGGGGCCACAGCGAGCGAGAUGUGGACCUGGACCGCUACCGGGAGAGAGUGCAGCAGCUGCUGGAGCGCUGGCAGGCCAUCCUGACCCAGAUCGACCUGCGCCAGCGUGAGCUGGACCAGCUGGGCCGCCAGCUGCGCUACUACCGCGAGAGCUGCGACGGGCUGCUCCAGUGGAUCCAGGAUGCCAAGCAGCGGCAGGAGAAAAUCCAGGCGGUGCCCAUCACGGACAGCAAGACCGUGCGGGAGCAGCUCCUGCAGGAGAAGAAACUCCUGGAAGAGUGCGAUCGCAAUAAGGAGAAGGUGGAGGAGUGCCAGCGCUACGCCAAGCAGUACAUAGAUGCCAUCAAGGAUUAUGAGCUGCAGCUGGUGACCUUCAAGGCGCAGGUGGAGCCAGUGGCAUCUCCUGCCAAGAAGCCCAAAGUGCAGUCUGCGUCUGACAGCAUCAUCCAGGAGUACGUGGACUUGCGGACGCGGUACAGUGAGCUGACCACGCUCACCAGCCAGUACAUCAAGUUCAUCACGGAGACCCUGCGGCGGCUGGAGGAGGAGGAGAAAGCAGCCGAGAAGCUGAAGGAGGAGGAGAGGAAGCGGCUGGCGGAGGUGGAGGCCCAGCUGGAGAAGCAGAGGCAGCUGGCUGAGGCCCACGCCAAAGCCAAGGCGCAGGCAGAGGCGGAGGCGCGGGAGCUGCAGCUCCGCAUGCAGGAGGAGGUCACCCGGCGGGAGGUGGUGGCCGUGGACGCCGAGCAGCAGAAGCAGAACAUCCAGCAGGAGCUGAUGCAGCUGCGGCAGAACUCAGACCACCAGAUCAAGUCCAAGGUCAAGCUCAUCGAGGAGGCCGAGUACAACCGCAAGAAGGUGGAGGAGGAGAUCCGCCUCAUCCGCCUCCAGCUGGAGAGCACCGAGAAGCAGCGGGCCGGCGCCGAGACGGAGCUGCAGGAGCUGCGGGCACGUGCCGAGGAGGCCGAGCGGCAGAAGAGGCAGGCGCAGGAGGAGGCCGAGCGCCUGCGCCGGCAGGUCAAGGACGAGAGCCAGAAGAAGCGGGAGGCGGAGGAAGAGCUGAAGCUCAAGGUGCAGGCCGAGAAGGAUGCAGCCCGGGAGAAGCAGAAGGCGAUGGCGGACCUGGAGAAGCUGCGGCUGCAGGCGGAGGAGGCCGAGCGGCGGAUGCGGCAGGCGGAGCUGGAGAAGGAGCGGCAGAUCCAGGUGGCGCAGGAGGUGGCCCAGCGGAGCGCCGAGGCCGAGCUGCAGAGCAAGCGGCUGUCCUUCGCGGAGAAGACGGCGCAGCUGGAGCUGUCGCUGCAGCAAGAGCACAUCACGGUGGCCCACCUGCAGGAGGAGGCCGAGCGGCUGAAGAAGCAGCAGCUGGAGGCCGAGCAGUCACGGGAGGAGGCCGAGAAGGAGCUGGAGCGCUGGCGGCAGAAGGCCAACGAGGCGCUGCGGCUGCGGCUGCAGGCCGAGGAGGUGGCCCACAAGAAAACGCUGGCCCAGGAGGAAGCAGAGAAGCAGAAGGAGGAUGCAGAGCGGGAGGCUCGCAAGCGCGCCAAGGCCGAGGAGUCGGCCCUGCGGCAGAAGGAGCUGGCGGAGGAGGAGCUGGAGAAGCAGCGGCAGCUGGCGGAGGGCACGGCCCAGCAGAAGUUUGCGGCAGAGCAGGAGCUGAUCCGCCUGAAGGCGGAGAUGGAGAACGGGGAGCAGCAGCGCCUGCUCCUGGAGGAGGAGCUCUUCCGGCUGAAGAACGAGGUGAGCGAGGCCAUCCAGAAGAGGAAGGAGGUGGAGGAGGAGCUGGCCAAGCUGCGGGCGGAGAUGGAGGUCCUGCUGGAGAGCAAGGCCAAGACGGAGGAGGAGUCGCGCUCCACCAGCGAGAAGUCCAAGCAGCGUCUGGAGGCCGAGGCCAACAAGCUGCGGGAGCUGGCGGAGGAGGCCGCCCGGCUGCGGGCCCUCUCGGAGGAGGCCAAGAGGCAGCGGCAGCUGGCGGAGGAGGAGGCCAGUCGGCAGCGGGCCGAGGCCGAGCGGAUCCUCAAGGAGAAGCUGGCGGCCAUCAACGAGGCGUCGCGCCUGAAGGCGGAGGCGGAGAUUGCCCUGAAGGAGAAGGAGGCGGAGAACGAGCGGCUGCGGCGGCUGGCGGAGGACGAGGCCUACCAGCGCAAGCUGCUGGAGGAGCAGGCCGCCCAGCACAAGCAGGACAUCGAGGAGAAGAUCGCCCUGCUGAAGCGGUCGUCGGAGAGCGAGCUGGAGCGGCAGAAGGGCAUCGUGGACGACACGCUGAAGCAGCGGCGCCUGAUCGAGGAGGAGAUCCGCACGCUGAAGAUCAGCUUCGAGAAGGCGUCGGCGGGCAAGGCGGACCUGGAGCAGGAGCUGAGCCGCAUCCGCGGCGAGGCGGAGGAGGUCCAGCGCAUCCGGGAGCAGGCCGAGCGGGAGGCCGAGCGGCAGCGGGCCCUGGCGCUGGAGGAGGAGGGCCGCCGGAGGGAGGCCGAGGAGAAGGUGCGGAGCAUCCUGGCCGCUGAGCAGGAGGCCGCGCGGCAGCGGCGGGUGGCCCUGGAGGAGGUGGAGCGCCUGAAGGCCACGGUGGAGGAGGCCAAGCGGCAGAAGGAGCUGGCGGAGAGGGAGUCAGAGCGGCAGAUCCAGCUGGCGCAGGAGGCGGCCCAGAAGCGCAUCGCGGCGGAGGAGAAGGCCCACCUGGCUGCCGUGCAGCAGAAGGAGCAGGAGCUACUGCAGACGCGGCGCCAGGAGCAGAGCAUUCUCGACCGGCUGCGGGAGGAGGCCGAGAGGGCCAAGCGGGCCGCGGAGGAGGCCGAUUUCGCGCGCAGCAAGGCCGAGCAGGAUGCCAGCCUCUCCCGGCAGCGGGUGGAGGAGGCCGAGCGGCUGAAGCAGCGGGCGGAGGAGGAGGCCCAGGCCAAGGCCCAGGCCCAGGAGGAUGCGGAGAAGCUGCGUAAGGAGGCUGAGCUGGAGGCGGCGAAGCGGGCCCAGGCGGAGCAGGCAGCCCUGCGGCAGAAGCAGCUGGCGGAUGCGGAGAUGGAGAAGCACAAGAAGUUCGCGGAGCAGACGCUGCGGCAGAAGGCGCAGGUGGAGCAGGAGCUGACCAAGGUGAAGCUGCAGCUGGAGGAGACGGACCACCAGAAGGGCAUCCUGGACGAGGAGCUGCAGCGGCUGAAGGAGGAGGUGACGGACGCCAUCCGGCAGAAGGCCCAGGUGGAGGAGGAGCUCUUCAAGGUCCGGGUGCAGAUGGAGGAGCUGGCAAAGCUAAAGAGCCGGAUCGAGGAAGAGAACAAAGCGCUGAUCCUCAAGGACAAGGACAACACACAGAAGUUCUUGGCAGAGGAGGCCGAGAAGAUGAAGCAGGUGGCAGAGGAGGCUGCACGGCUCAGUGUGGAGGCCCAGGAGGCUGCCCGCAUGCGGAAGCUGGCUGAGGACGACCUGGCGCAGCAGCGGGCGCUGGCAGAGAAGAUGCUGAAGGAGAAGAUGCAAGCGGUGCAGGAGGCCACGCGGCUGAAGGCCGAGGCGGAGGUGCUGCAGAAGCAGAAGGACCUGGCGCAAGAGCACGCCAAACGGCUGCAGGAGGACAAGGAGCAGAUGCAGCAGCGCCUGGCCGAGGAGACCGAGGGCUUCCAGAAAACCCUGGAGGCUGAGCGCCGACGGCAGCUGGAGAUCACCGCCGAGGCCGAGCGCCUCAAGCUGCACGUGGCGGAGAUGAGCAUGGCCCAGGCCAAGGCCGAGGAGGAGGCCAAGCGGUUCAAGAAGCAGGCGGAGGAGAUCAGCGGGAGGCUGCACGAGACUGAGCUGGCCACGCAGGAGAAGAUGACGCUGGUGCACACGCUAGAGAUACAGCGACAGCAGAGCGACCAGGACGCGGAGAAGCUGCGGAGGGCCAUCGCCGACCUGGAGGAGGAGAAGGAGAAGCUGAAGCAGGAGGCGGCCUUGCUGCAGCAGAAGGCGGAGGAGAUGCAAGUGGCCCAGCAGGUGCAGCUCCGCCAGGAGACGCAGAUCCUUCAGCAGACCUUCCUGACGGAGAAGGAUGCCCUGCUCCAGAAGGAGAAGUUCAUCGAGGAGGAGAAAACCAAGCUGGAGAAGCUCUUCCAGGAUGAGGUGAAUAAAGCCAAGAAUCUGAAGGCAGAACAAGAGCGGCAGCAGAAGGAGAUGGAGCAGGAAAAGCAGCAGCUGAAAGCCAUGCUGGACGAAGCCAAGAAGCAUCAGAAGGAAGCAGAGGAAAAUGUCCGGCACAAGCAGGAGGAGCUGCAGCAGCUGGAGAGACAGCGGCAGCAGCAGGAAAAGCUCCUUGAAGAGGAGAACAAGAAGCUCAGGGAGAGGCUUGAGCAGAUGCAGGAAGAGCACAAGGCCGCCCUGGCCCAGACACGAGAGAUCAUGAUCCAGACGGAUGACCUGCCUGAGGAGGUUGUGGUGACGACAACGCAGCUGAUGGACGCCAAAGCUGUGCCCAACGGCAGAGACGCGGUGGAUGGCAUAGCGCAGAAUGGGGAGCCGGAGUUCGCGUUCGAUGGCAUUCGCCAGAAGGUGUCUGCAGAGAAGCUGGCCGAGGCUGGCAUCUUGAGCAAGGAGAGCUUAGACAAGUUGGCAGAAGGUGUUGUGAGUGUUGGCGAGCUCUCGCAGAGGGAAGACAUCAAGAAGUAUCUGCAGGGCAAGAGCAGCAUUGCUGGUUUGUUAAUCAAACCCACCAAUCAAAAGAUGAGCAUUUAUGAAGCCAUGAAGAAAAAGCUGCUCACCCCGGGCACUGCGCUGGUCCUCCUGGAAGCGCAGGCUGCCUCUGGCUUCAUAAUUGACCCUGUGCGAAACAUGAGGCUGUCGGUGAACGAAGCAGUGAGAGAAGGAGUGAUUGGCCCAGAACUGCACAAUAAAAUGCUGUCUGCUGAACGGGCAGUAACUGGCUACAAAGAUCCUUACACGGGAGACAAGAUCUCCCUUUUCCAGGCCAUGUCGAAGGAGCUCAUCGUCAGGGACCACGGCAUCCGCCUGCUCGAGGCCCAGAUCGCCACCGGCGGCAUCAUCGACCCUGUCAACAGCCACCGCCUCCCCGUUGAAGCUGCCUACAAGCGAGGCUACUUCAAUGAGGAGAUGAACGAAGUCCUCUCUGACCCUACAGAUGACACCAAGGGCUUCUUCGACCCCAACACGCAGGAGAACCUCACCUACCUGCAGCUCAUGGAGCGGUGUGUGACUGACCCGGACACGGGGCUGUGCCUCCUACCACUCACUGACCAGGCAGCCAAAGCAAGGGAGCUGCUCUACACUGACAAAGAAGCCAAGGAUGUCUUUAAGAAGGCUACGGUGAUGGCACCGUUUGGCAAGUUCCAAGGGAAGACAGUGACCAUCUGGGAGAUCAUCAACUCUGAAUACUUCACUGAGGACCAAAGGCGGGACCUGAUCCAGCAAUACAGGACUGGCAAGAUCACGGUGGAGAAGAUCAUUAAGAUCAUCAUCACCGUUGUGGAGGAAAGUGAGAAAAAGAGCCAGAUGUUAUUCGAGGGGCUCCGGGCCCCCGUGCCUGCCGCUGAGCUGCUGGAGAGCAAAAUCAUCAACAAGGACCUCUACAACCAGCUGCACCAGGGCAAGAAGUCGGUGCAGGAUGUGGCAGAGAUGGAGUCUGUGAGGCAGUACCUGAAGGGCACAGAUGCCAUUGCUGGCAUCCUGGUGGAGUCAACCGGCCAGAAGUUCACCUUCUAUGACGCCUUGAAGAGAAACCUGCUGAAGCCAGAGAUUGCCCUGUCCCUGCUGGAGGCCCAGGCUGCCACAGGCUAUAUCAUCGACCCGGUGGGGAACAAGCUGUAUUCUGUUGAUGAGGCAGUGAAGGCUGAGAUCGUGGGGCCAGAGUUUCACGAGAAGCUGCUGUCUGCGGAGAAGGCUGUGACUGGCUACAAGGAUCCCUACACGGGCCAGACGGUUUCCCUCUUCCAAGCCCUCCAGAAGGGCCUCAUCCCCACCGACACCGGGGUCCGUCUGCUCUGUGUCCAGCUUGCCACUGGCGGCAUCAUCGAUCCCGUGAACAGCCACCGGCUCCCACUUGAGGUUGCCUACAAGCGGGGCUACUUUGACCCGGAGAUGAACUCGGCUCUGUCUGCACUCCUAGAGGAGACCAAAGCUUUCUAUUGCCCCAACACUCAGGAGAACCUCACCUAUGCCCAACUGCAGAAGAACUGCCACCGUGACAAGCAGACCGGCCUCUACCUGCUGCCCCUCUCAGACAAAGCCAUCCAGUCACAGCAAGAGGAGAUCUACACAGACAGCCAGGCGAAGGAGUGCUUUGAGAAGGCUACUGUAGAGGUCCCGUCAGGCAGCCUGAAGGGCCAGACGGUGACCAUAUGGGAGCUGAUCCACUCAGAGUACUUCACGGAGGAGCACAGACGGGAGCUCCUUCGGCAGUACAAGACUGGCAAGGUGACCAUUGAGAAGAUCAUCAAGAUCAUGAUCACCAUCAUUGAGGAGACAGAGACCAAGAAGCAGGAGAAGCUGACGUUCAGUGGUCUCCGGGCACCUGUGUCUGCCAGCGAGCUGGUGGAAUCCUGCAUCAUCAGCAAAGCCCAGUACGAGCAGCUGAAGGAAGGCAAGAAAUCAGUGAAGGACCUCUCUGAGACAGAUUCAGUUAAGAGAUACCUGCAGGGGAGUGACUGCAUUGCAGGCAUCUAUGUGGAGGCAACCAAAGAGAAGCUGAACAUCUACGAGGCCAUGAAGAGGAACCUGCUGAGGCCCAGCACUGCCGUGGUUCUCCUGGAGGCCCAGGCUGCAACUGGAUUCUUGAUUGAUCCCGUGAAGAACCGGAGGCUGUACGUCAAUGAGGCAGUGAAGGCUGGUGUCGUUGGGCCCGAGCUGCACGAGAAGCUGCUGUCCGCCGAGAAGGCGGUCACUGGAUACAAGGACCCCUACUCAGGAAACACCAUCUCCCUCUUCGAGGCUAUGAAGAAAGGACUCAUCGUCAAGGAGCACGGCAUCCGCCUGCUCGAGGCCCAGAUUGCCACAGGCGGCAUCAUCGACCCUGUGCACAGUCACCGUGUCCCUGUGGAGGUGGCCUACAAGCGGGGCUACUUUGAUGAGGAAAUGAACCGGAUCCUCUCCGACCCCACGGAUGACACCAAGGGCUUCUUCGACCCCAACACUCAUGAGAACCUCACCUACAUGCAGCUGAAGGAGAAGUGCAUUGAGGACCCUGAGACGGGCCUGUACUUACUGCCCCUGCGGGAGCCAGAGAAGCCUGUGGUGGUGGAGACCACCCAGGUGUACACAGAGGCGGAGACACGGAAGGUGUUUGAGGAGACGCAGGUGGACAUUCCCGUGGGCAGCAGGGCAGGCUCCUCCAUGUCACUGUGGGACAUCAUGAACUCGGACCUGCUGCCUGAGGAGCAGCGGAAGCAUCUCAUGGAGGAGUUCCAGUCGGGCCGCGUGUCCAAGGAGCGCAUGAUCAUCAUCAUCAUCGAGAUCAUUGAGAAGACUGAGAUCAUCCGGCAGCAGAACCUCACCUCCUACGACUAUAUCCGGCGCCGCAUCACGGCUGAGGAUCUUUACGAGGCCACGAUCAUCUCCCUGGACAUCUACAACCUGCUGAAGCAGGGCUCCAAGACCAUCCGGGAGCUCCUGGACAUAGAGACCGUCUGGAAACACCUCUAUGGGUCAGGCUGUGUUGCUGGCAUCUACAUCCCCUCCUCCAAGCAGAAGCUCAGUGUCUACCAGGCGCUGAAGAAGGGGCUGAUCAGCUCUGAAGUGGCCCGCUCCCUCUUGGAAGCCCAGGCUGCCACUGGUUUCAUGAUUGACCCUAUAAAGAACGAGAGGCUGACAGUCGAUGAAGCAGUCAGGAAAGGCGUAGUUGGGCCAGAAAUCCACGACCGGCUCCUGUCCGCAGAGAGGGCUGUGACUGGUUACAGGGAUCCAUACAGUGAGCAGAAGAUUUCCCUCUUCCAGGCCAUGAAGAAAGACCUCAUUCCCAGUGAAGAGGCCCUGAAGCUUCUGGAUGCCCAGAUAGCCACCGGCGGUGUCAUUGACCCACACCUUGGCUUCCACCUUCCGCUGGAGGUGGCCUACCAGCGGGGCUUCAUCAACAAGGACACGUACGACAUGCUGUCCGAGCCCAGCGAGGUGCGGAGUUAUGUGGACCCCUCCACGGACGAGAAGCUCAGCUACACGCAGCUCCUGAAGCGGUGCCGGAAGGACGAGAACAGCGGGCUCCUGCUGCUCCCGCUCUGUGACACGAGGAAGCUCACCUUCCGGGGGCUGCGGAAGCAGAUCACCGUGGAGGAGCUGGUCCGCUCACAGGUAAUGGAUGAAGUCACAGCCCAGCGCCUCCAGGAGGGCCUCACCUCCAUCGAGGAGGUCUCCAAGAACCUGAAGAAGUUCCUGGAGGGCACCAGCUGCAUUGCUGGUGUCUUCGUGGACUCCACAAAGGAGCGGAUGUCUGUAUACCAGGCUAUGAAGAAGGGUAUCAUCAGGCCGGGCACUGCGUUUGAGCUCCUGGAGGCGCAGGCAGCCACAGGGUACGUGAUUGACCCCAUCAAGGGCCUCAAGUUGACUGUGGAGGAGGCCGUGCGCAUGGGCAUCGUGGGCCCCGAGUUCAAGGACAAGCUGCUCUCUGCUGAGAGGGCAGUAACUGGCUACCGUGAUCCCUACACCGGAAAGCUCAUCUCCCUCUUCCAGGCCAUGAAGAAGGGGUUGAUCCUGAAGGACCAUGGGAUCCGCUUGCUGGAGGCCCAGAUCGCAACAGGAGGCAUUAUCGAUCCUGAGGAAAGCCACCGCCUACCCGUGGAGAUGGCCUACAAGAGGGGCCUCUUUGAUGAGGAGAUGAAUGAGAUCCUGCUGGAUCCCAGCGACGACACCAAGGGCUUCUUUGACCCCAACACAGAGGAGAACCUAACCUACCUGCAGCUCAUGGAGCGGUGCAUCACUGACCCAGAAACCGGUCUCUGCCUCCUACCCCUGAAGGAGAAGAAGCGGGAGAGGAAGACCUCCUCCAAGUCCUCUGUCCGCAAGCGCAGGGUGGUGAUCGUUGACCCAGAAACUGGCAAGGAGAUGUCAGUGUAUGAAGCCUACCGCAAGGGCCUCAUUGAUCACCAGACCUACCUGGAGCUGUCAGAGCAGGAGUGCGAGUGGGAGGAGAUCACCACCUCCUCCUCUGAUGGCGUGGUCAAGUCCAUGAUCAUCGACAGGCGCUCAGGGCGCCAGUACGACAUCGAUGAUGCCAUCGGUAAGGGCCUGAUCGACCAGUCGGCUCUGGACCAGUACCGCUCGGGCACCCUCUCCAUCACCGAGUUCGCAGACAUGCUCUCCGGCAACAUGAGUGGCUUCCGGUCACGGUCGUCCUCUGUGGGGUCGUCCUCCUCCUACACCGUCAGCCCGGCCCCCACGCGAACGCAGAUAUCGAUGUGGAGCGACCCAACCGAGGAGACGGGUCCGGUUGCUGGCAUCCUGGACACGGACACUCUGGAGAAGGUGUCCAUCACGGAGGCGAUGCGCCGCAACCUCGUCGACAACAUCACGGGGCAGAGGCUGCUGGAAGCCCAGGCCUGCACCGGGGGCAUCAUCGACCCCAGCACCGGGGAUAAAUGCUCUGUCGCCGACGCGGUGAACAAGGGCCUGGUGGACAAAAUCAUGGUGGACCGCAUCAACCUUGCUCAGAAGGCCUUCUACGGCUUCGAGGACCCAAGAACCAAGACGAAGAUGUCAGCAGCCCAGGCGCUGAAGAAGGGCUGGCUGUACUACGAGGCCGGGCAGCGCUUUCUGGAGGUGCAGUACCUGACGGGGGGGCUGAUCGAGCCCGACGUUGAAGGCCGUGUCUCCUUGGAUGAGGCGCUGCAGAAGGGCACCAUCGACACGCGCACGGCCCAGAAGCUGCGGGAUGUGAACACCUACUCCAAGUAUCUCACCUGCCCCAAAACCAAGCUCAAGAUCUCCUACAAGGAUGCGAUGGACCGGAGCAUGAUUGAGGACGGGACAGGCCUGCGGCUGCUGGAAGCCUCCUCCCAGUCCAGCAAGGGCUACUACAGCCCGUACAACGUCAGCAGCACCGGCUCCACCUCCGGCUCGCGGUCGGGCUCCCGGACGGGGUCCAGGGCAGGCUCGAGGCGUGGGAGCUUUGACGCCACCGGCUCCGGCUUCUCCAUGACCUUCUCGUCCUCCUCCUACUCUUCCUCAAGCUUUGGGCGCAGAUAUGCGCUGGGUCCCCAGGGUGCCGUGGAUGCGGGAGACCUUGCGCUCGCCUUGUCCCAGCUGACCAGGCGCUGCGGAUGGGAGGCAGGCGGGGAGCGCUCCGAACUGCACGGGCCACCGCUCAGCGUGGCCACGUCUUUUCCCAGCCCCACCGCAGACGUCCCUUCGCCCCUGGGCGAGCUCCUCAGCUGGGUCUCCGACGUCCGCAAGUCCUGGAUGGGUGCGCGGGGAGCCCCGGAGGCGGCAGCUCCUCGGCCGCGCGCGGCCGCGCAGGGUCUUCAGGCUUUAAUUGGACACCCUAAGAGACACCUGGCCAGGCAGGUGACAAGAGGACCUGUGGACACCUCUCUGAAGUGCCUGUACACCAGUGCAGACAGCAUGGGGAACAGACGGGAGGAAUUAGGGAUCUGUGUGAAGCUAUGGGGCUAUGAUCUCAUGGGGAUCAUGGAGAUGUGGUGGCAUAGCUCACACGACGGAAGUGCUGUGGUGGAUGGAUACAGGCUCUUAGGAUGGGCAGACCAGCAAGGUGAGGAGGGGGAGUUGCCCUUCGUCUCCAUGGAUGAGGAUGCUGUGUCAGCACUGGCUUUUGACACUGUCUGCCACCACAUCCUCAUAGACUCGCUGACGAAGAAGGGGUUAGAUAAGCCCUCAGUGAGGUGGAUUGGAAACUGGCUGAACUGCCAGGCUCAGUGUUGUGAUCAGCUGGAGGCCAACCAGCUGGACAGGAACUUGGUAGAAAAGGACCUGGGGGUCCUGGUGGACAACAAGUUGGCCAUGAACCAGCAACUUGUCCUCAUGGCAAAGAGGGCCAACAGCAUCCUGGGCUGUAUUAGGAGGAGCAUUGGCAGCAGGUCAAGGAUGAUCCUCCCCCUCUCUUCUGCACUGGAGCUGGAGGUGUCACCAGAUCGUGCUGUUCCCAACCUCUUCCCCGGCACUUCCCGAAGCACCGGCUGCUGGUCCAGCCCCAGCGAGGCGGUGGGGCUGCCCCCCCCGUGCCACCCACCCCAGUGCUGCCUGCGUGGCUCUGUGCACAUCCGUGUGCCUCUGAGGUGCCCGGAGCGUGGCAGCGGAGCGAGUGGAAGGAGUGGCGGCUGGAAGUGCACGAGCAGCUGCUGGCCCUGCGCCACUGGCUGGAUGCCGUGGAGAAGAGGCUGCCCGCCCUGCCGGAGCAAGGCCCGGCCCCGCAGGCGGGGAUCUGACCCGGGGCCGGCGCUGCCGCGCGCCAUGGGGAACUCGGUGAGCAGGCCCAGCUGCCUGGGCGAGAAGAGCCGCCGGCCGGAGGAGCUCCUGCGGGAGCCGCCGCUCCGGGACCGGGCGCCGGACGCGGAGGCCAAGGCGGCUCCGGGGGAGAACGGCUGGAGCGCGGCGGGGGGGGACGCCGGCAGCCGGCCUGGCAGCCCCGCGCUGCUCAAGCGCAGCAGCUCGGAGGCGGCGGUGCAGAACGGCAGUGCGGCCUGCGUCCCGCUCGCCGGGGCCGCCUGGACCCCCCCCCGGGCCGGCGCCCCCCGCGCCGCCUGGUCCUGGAAGCCCCUCACCACCCGCGAGGUGACGGAGGUGACGGAGGUGACGGAGACCAUCGUGACGGAGAUCGUGGAGGUGACCGAGUACCCGGCCGGCGAGGCCCUGGUCACCCGGACGGUGACGGUGCUGACGGAGCGCGGGGGGGAGCCGGCCGCCGGCCCCCCCGAGGCCGACCGCGCCGAGGUGGCCCCGCGGGCCGUGCCCGUGCCGGAGGACGCCCCGGGCGCCGAGCGCGCCCAGGACACGCUGGAGAGCUUGCUGGCCUGGGUGGCCGACAUGGAGGAGCUGGUGGGCAACCAGAAGCCGCCCUCCUCGGAGGUGAAGGUGGCCAAGGCCCAGCUGGAGGAGCAGAAGCUCCUGAAGCGGCUGCUGGAGGAGCGCCGGCCGCGGGUGGAGCACGUCCUGCAGGAGCGGCCGCCGCCGGAGCCGCCCGAGGCCGGCAGCAGCCUCCGCCGCCUCGGGGAGAAGUGGGGCGAGCUGAUGCAGGAGGCCGAAGCCAGGCACGGCCGCCUGGAGCGCGUCCUGCCCGCCGCCCAGGCCUUCCAGGAGGCCGUGGACCCCUUCCAGGAGUGGCUCGGCGCCACGGAGCGGCGGCUGGCCCAGCUCUGGAGAGCCGACGGCUGCGUCGCCCGCCUGCAGGACGCCCACCGGCAAAUCCAGGACCUCUGCGAGGAGAUCCGCGCCCGGCUGGGAGAGCUGGAAGGGGCCCUGGAGAGCGGCCAGCGGGUCCUGGAGAUGGUGACAGGGGAGGAGGCCCAGCUGGCGCAGGAGAAGAUGGACUCCCUGAGGAUGCGGUACCUCAUCGUGGGCCAGAGCAGCGCCGACACCAUGCACCGGCUGGAGCAGACCCUGGAGGCUUCGUCCCGCGUGGGCACUGCCCAGGAGGACCUGGCCCUUUGGCUGGGCCGCAUGGAGAAGGAGCUGGCCUCCUGGGACAGCCAGCGCAGCGAGCAGGCGCCCCUGGUCAGCACGAGCGACAGAGAAAAGUUCGAGCAGAUCCUGGACUCCGAACUCGCCCACUUGGCUGGGCUCGGCGGGCGGCUGGAGGAGAUCAGCCGGGUGCAGCUGGACGUGCAGGCCCUCCGCGCGCAGCUCUCCGACCAGAAGCUGCUCUCCGCUGAGAUCCUGCACCACCGGGGCCUGGUGGAGCGUCUGCUGGGGAUCUCGGACCCGCUGCUCCAGUCCUGCCCCGAGCCCCUGCGGCAGCACCUCCAGCCCUCCGUGCAGGCGCUGCGGGAGCGCGCGGAGCAGCUCUUCCUGCGGAGCGGGGCCUGCGCCGUGCAGCUGGAGCACGCCCAGUCCUUGCUGGGCCAGUUCUCCGAGGCCCACGAUGAGCUGGCGCCCUGGCUGGAGGAGACGCAGGUCGUAGGGCUGCAGCUUUCCCCCAGCGCCAUCAGCUACGAGGCCUUCAAGGAGCAGCAAGCGCUGCUGCAGUGCCUGCGGGAGGCCAUCGCCGAGCACCGGCCGCUGAUGGGCAAGCUGCAGCGCGUCUCCUCGCAGCUGCUGGAGCUGAGCCCGGAGCAGGGCGCCCCGUUCCAGCGGCGCUGCCAGGAGGCCGAGGAGCAGUACGGCCGCAUCCGCGAGCGCGUGCGCCAGGCCGCUGCGCUGCUGGAAGACGCCCUCCCGCGCUACAGCCAGCUGACGGAGCGCAUGGACCUGCUGCUGGAGUGCCUGGAGAGGCUGCAGAGCCGCCUGCAGACCCCGCCGGCCGUUCGCGGCGACGCGGCCCACCUCCGGGAGCAGCUCCGGGAGAACGGCCUGGCCCUGGCGGAGCUGGAGAAGCUGGGGGUGGCGCUGGAGACGGUCCAGGCGCAGGGCACCGAGCUGCUGGCCAGCAUGCGGGCGGCAAACUCCGACGCCGCGGCGAGAGUGAUCCAGGAGCGCACGGCCCAGCUGCUGUCGCAGUGGGGCUGCCUGCGGGGCCGCUGCGAGGAGCAGGAGCGCUGGCUGCGGGAGCUGCUGGCGCUGGCCGACCGCUUCUGGCACGGCCUCUCCGAGCUGGCCCUGACGCUCAGCGACACCCAGCAGCUGGUGCUGGGUCUGGAGGAGGCCGACGCCGAGCCCGAGUCCGUGCGCGCGCGGCUCCGCACCAUGCAGGCGCUGCGGGAGGAGAUCGACUCCCUGCAGGGCGACCUGGACACGCUGGGCAUCCUCGGCGUGGAGCUGAUGUCCUCCUGCGGGGACCCCGACAAGCCCGACGUCACCAAGAGCCUGGACGAUCUCUACUCCUCCUGGCACAGCCUGAACAAGGUGUGGACGGAGCGGUACGCCCGCCUCGAGGAGCAGCUCCAGGCCUCCCUCAGCUACCAGGAGACCAUGCAGCGGCUGUUCGAGUGGCUGGAUGCGGCCGAGCUGCGCAUCGCGGAGGAGUUCCUCGUCGGCGGCGACCUGGACAUGGUGCAGCAGCAGCUGGCGGAGCUCAAGGAGUUCAAGAGGGAGCUCUACCAGUGCAAGGUGGACGUGGAGAGCCUGCGGCACCAGGCCGGCCCGGGCAGCGGGGACCCCCCAGCGCCGCUCAGCGACUUCCGCCAGCGCUGGGACCGCCUCGAGGAGGAGAUCGUCAGUCGCCAGCACCAGCUGGAGGCAGCUCUCCUGGGCCUGGGCCAGUUCCAGCACCAGCUGGAGGAGCUGCUGCAGUGGCUGUCCCGCACCUCCGAGCAGCUGCAGGGCCCGACCCUGCUGCGCCUCGACCUGCAGAGCUGCGAGAUCGAGCUGGCCAAGCACAAGGUGCUGAGGAACGACGUGAUGUCCCACGCCCGCACGGUGCGGUCCGUCAACGAGGCCGGGCAGGGCUUGCUGCUCUCCAGCCUGGGGGAGAGCGUGGAGGGGCUCCAGCGCAGCCUGCAGCAGCUCAACCAGCGCUGGGACGCGGUGCAGGGCGAGACCGAGAGCCGCCAGCUGGAGCUGGAGAACAACCUCGGCCAGGUGCAGGACAUCACGCUGGAGAUCACGGAGCUGCUGCAGUGGCUGGAGCACGUGGAGCUGCAGCUCUUCUUCUCCAAGCCGGCCUGGGGCCACCCGGACGCCACCAAAGAGAAGCUCACCGCGCACCUGGAGCUGUGCAAGGAGAUGGAGUCGAAGCAGCAGGCGUACAGCAGCGUGCGGGACCGGCUGCAGCGCCUGCUGGCCUCCUGCCCCGCCGCCCGGCCCUGCAGCACCGAGCACAGCCUCCGCAUCCUGGAGCAGAAGUGGGAGAGCGUCUACGCCGAGGCGCAGGAGAGGAAGGAGCGCCUGGCGGAGGGGCUGACGGCCACCACCGAGUUUCACGGCACCAUGCAGGACCUGCUGCGCUGGAUGGGGCGCGCGGAGGAGAUGCUCAGCUCCCCCGCGCCGCCCAGCUUUGUGCUGGACACCGUCACCGCGCAGAUCCAGGAGCACAAGGCCCUGGUGAAGGAGGCGCACGCUCACGGGGAGCAGCUCAGCGGGCUGGAGGCGGUCGCGUCUCGCCUGAGGGACUUCAGCCGGAAGCAGGACGGCGCCGUGAUCCAGAACCUGGUGCUGACGGCCAAGGAGCGGCUGGCCAAGGUGCUCCAGCAGACCUCGGAGCGAGGAGCGGCGCUGGAGGAGGCCCGCAAGCGCACCAAGCAGUUCAGCGAGUCCCGGCGGCUGCUCCUGGACUGGAUGGACGAGGUGGAGCAGAGCUUGGAGGUGCCCCACGACACUGCCACCAGCCAGGAGGAGAUCAAGUGCCAGCUGGCUGAGCACAAGGCUUUCCAGAAGGUGCUGCGCUCCAAGCGGCCCGUGUACGAGGCCACGCUGCGGAGCGGGCGGGCGCUGCGGGAGAAAGCGCAGCUCCCCGAGGACCUGCAGCCGCUGGAGGAGCUGCUGGGGGAGCUGAAGGAGCGCUGGGACGCCCUGUGCAGCCGGGCCGUCGAGAGGCAGCACAAGCUGGAGGAGAACCUGCUCUUCUCGGGCAAGUUCACGGACGCGCUGCAGGCCCUCAUGGACUGGCUGUACCGGGCCGAGCCGCAGCUCAGCGAGGACGUGCCCGUCGGAGGGGACCGGGACCUGGUCAGUGACCUCAUGGACAAGCACAAGGUUUUCCAGAAGGAGCUGGGCAAGCGAGCCAGCUGCAUCAAGAUGCUGAAGCGCUCGGUGCGCGACCUGACCCGCGGCAGCAGCAGCGUGGACUCGCAGUGGCUGCAGAGGCAGAUGGAGGAGCUGAGCACCCGCUGGGACCUGGUCUGCAAGCUCUCCGUCUCCAAGCAGGCCCGGCUGGAGGCGUCGCUCCGGCAGGCGGAGGAGUUUCACACGCUGGUGCACGCCUUCCUGGGGCGCCUCUCCGAGUCGGAGAAAACCCUCAAGUACGGCGUCUUCCCCGAGGAGGAGGCGGCGGUGCAGGAGUGCCAGCACCAGCUGCAGGAGCUGAUGAAGUCGCUGCAGUGCCAGCAGCUGGAGCUGGAGUGCAUCACCUCGCUGGGGGAGGAGAUCCUCGCCACCUGCCACCCCGACUCCGUCAUCACCAUCAAGUCCUGGGUCACCGUGGCCAAGAGCCGCUUCCAAGAGGUGCUGAGCUGGGCCCAGCAGCAGGGCGAGCGGCUGCAGGCGCAGACGGCCAGCCUGGCUGCCGAGCGCGAGGAGAUGGCCCAGCUCAUCGACUGGAUCACCGCCGCCGAGGAGGCGCUGAGCCUGCGCGACCAGGAGCCGCUGCCCGAGGACGCCGAGCAGCUGGAGGAGCUCAACGCCCAGCACGUGGUGUUCAUGGAGGAGCUGAACCGCAAGCAGCCCAACGUGGAGAAGGUCACCAAGAGCUGCAAGCGGAAGCUGGCCGCGGAGCUGGGCCCCCCGGCUCCCCGCCGGCUGGCCACACGACGCCGCAGCGGGGGGAAGGCGCAGGGCAGCCCGGCGGUGCCGCUCGGGGGGCUGGAGCCCCAGACGCCCCUCAUGGCCCAGCUCCUGCACCGCUGGCAGCAGCUCUGGCUCCUGGCCCUGGACCGGCAGUACCGGCUGGAGACGGCCCUGCAGCGCCUGCGAGAGCUGGAGGAGUUUGCGCACUUCGACUUCGGGGUCUGGCGGAAGCGCUACAUGCAGUGGAUCGGCCAGAUGAAGUCCCGCAUCCUGGACGUUUUCCGGGGCAUCGACAGGGACCAGGACGGGCGCAUCAGCCAGCGGGAGUUCAUCGAGAGCGUCCUCGCCUCCAAGUUCCCCACCAAUGUCCUGGAGAUGAAGGCCGUGGCGAGCAUCUUUGACUUGAACGGCGACGGCUUCAUCGACUACUACGAGUUCGUCAGUGCCCUGCACCCCAACCGGGACCCGCUGCGCAGGACCGCCGACGCGGACCAGAUCCAGGACGAGGUGAACAGGCAGGUGGCCCAGUGCAACUGUGCCAAACGCUUCCAGGUGGAGCAGAUCAGUGCCAACAGGUACCGGUUCGGGGAGUCGCAGCAGCUGCGGAUGGUGCGGAUCCUGCGCAGCACCCUCAUGGUGCGGGUGGGCGGCGGCUGGAUCGCGCUGGACGAGUUCCUGGUGAAGAACGACCCUUGCCGAGUGAAGGGAAGGACCAACCUGAAGAUCAACGAGAAGUACCUGUCCCCAGAUGCCUUCGGGGCCGCCGCGGCCAAGUGCUCGGGGAACCAGUCGGCCCCCUCCUCCAAAGUGCUGUCCCCGAGCCGCUCCAGCUCCAGCCUCAGCCUCUACAGCAGCGCCUCGGCCCCCAGCAGCCCCCUGGCCAGGAAGUCCGUGCUGCGGCGGACGCGCUCCGGAGACCGGUGUCCCCGCUCCCGCGGCUCCCUGCUGCCCGACGGCGCCGAGCUGCAGUUCGCGGCGGCUGAGGAGAGCCCGGACACGGCACCCCCAGAGCCGCCCGACGGGUCCCCGCCGGAGCGCCGCAGCCCCUGCCGCUGAGCUCCCUGCAGCCGCCUGGCCCUGCGCAGCGGCCCCUCGGCCGGCCCCACUCAGGACUCUCCGCCCCGAGGCCGGAGGACGGCGAAGCGGCUCGGGCGCCGCUGCGCCCCGCGGGGCCCCCGGCCCAGGGCGGCCGCCCCGCGCGUCCCAGCCCAGCGCCGCGGCGCCCGCGCACAAGGGCUGCGCUGUCUGUCCGCCACCCGUCCCGCUGGGCCCGGCCCCAGCUUAUAUGCAAGCCCCCCCAUCCCCGACACACGCCAAACUGCCCCGGGCUCUGGCUGGCACGGCCCCGGCCCCGCUCCGGCCGGCAGCACCCGCAGGGGCCCCGUGCAGCGCGGCCGGCACCCCGAGGCGGGGUGGCGGGGCUCUGCAGCCGGGGCGCCGCGCCGGAUGCCGAGCCCCAUUUCUGGUGCUAACCCUCACCCCUUCGGCGCGCGUGCCCGGGGCCCCGGCGCCCGGCUGCCCUCCGCCCGGGGGGGCCCGGUGGCCGGAGCCCCCGUCCCGCUGCAGCAUCCCUGCGGCAGCAGGGCCCCGCCGACGCAUGUUCACCGCCACCCCGCUAACCGGACAGCAGUAGAGCUGAAUGUAACCCUGGCCUGGGCACGGCCCUGCCAGCCACAAUAAAGAGUAGAUUUCUUUUUCUAUAAGCA